AUGGGUGAUCAAUGGGCUCCAAAUGAAGAGGGAUUGAGACAACUUGUUGCCAUCUUGCAAAAGACAAAUUCAGGAAAUCAAGAGGACCAAAACAAAGUUAGAAAUGAUUUGAAUGGUUUUCAUCGCAUUCCAGAUUAUAACAAUUAUUUGACAUUUAUAUUUGCAAAGCUACCACAGCUUGAGGAUUAUGUUCGUAAUUGUGCAGGUUUAUUGUUGAAACAAAACAUUAAAUCUUAUUUCCCAGCAAUGCCACGAGCAGUUCAGGAUUAUAUUAAGCGUGAAGUUCUUCCAGUUUUGGCUGAUCCCAAACAAAAUGUUCGUCACACUGUUGCCAACAUUGUCACCAAUCUAAUUGGUAAAUCUUCAUUUGCUGAAUGGCAAAAUUUACUUCCAGAUCUUAUUGGAGGAUUGGAUAGUCAAGAUCCACAUGUUGUAGAGGGAGCUUUAUAUACAUUGUCAUUGUUGUGUGAAGAUUUCACUGAUCAAUUGGAUAGCUCAGAGAUUGGUAGACCACUCAACCAAUUGAUUCCAAAAUUGUUGGGUUUCUUUACAUCACCAAACCCAAUGUUUCGUAGAAAGGCCAUUAGCUCACUCUACUUUUUCAUCCCAAGAAUGCCAGGUGCUCUCUUGAUCAACAUGGACAAAUACCUUCAAGGUAUCUUUUCACUCACAAGCGAUGAAUCUCCAGACGUUCGUGUAAAGGUUUGCAGAUCAUUGGUAUCCUUGGUUGAAAUUAGAAUGGACUUUUUAAUGCCACAUAUUCAUGAUAUUAUCAAAUUUAUGUUGCAUGCUACAAGAGAUCAAGAUGAUGAAGUUGCAUUAGAGGCUUGUGAAUUUUGGACAUCAAUUGCUCAAACACAAAACUGCAGACCUUUGUUGAGAGAAUACUUGCCAACUUUGGUUCCAUUGCUAUUGAAUUGUAUGGUUUAUUCUCCAGAAGAGUAUGAAAUGCUCGACCAUGGUGAGGAUGCAUCGGUUCCAGACAGACCACAAGACAUCAAACCAUUCUUUGCCAAUAGCAACGUACAUGGUGGCACUGCUGGUGGUAGCGGUGGCGGUGACAGUGGUGGUGAAAACCCUGAAGAGGAUUACGACGAUGAUGACGAUGAUUGGGGAGAAGAAGAAUCAUGGUCGAUCAGAAAGAGCUCAGCCUAUGCAUUGGACACUCUCUCUUUUAUCUUUGACAAUGAUGAAUUCCUCAAGGUUGCACUUCCAACCAUCGAACAAAAAAUGAGUGCUAGCAACGAAUGGAUCGUAAGAGAAAGUUCGAUUCUUGCACUUGGCGCCAUUGCCGAGGGUUGUCUCAAGGGAUUGGCCCCACAUCUCCACAAUGUCGUUCCAUAUCUCAUCAACACUCUCAACGAUGAAAAACCACUUGUUCGUAGUAUCACUUGUUGGGCUAUCAGCAGAUACAGUAGUUGGAUCGUUAAUGAAGGUGGACCACAACUCCUCCAACCUUUGAUUAUUAAUUUGUUACAUAGAAUUUUAGAUAAUAACAAACGUGUACAAGAAGCUGCUUGCAGUGCAUUUGCAACCAUUGAAGAAGAUGCUGAUCAAAGCUUAGCUCCAUUCCUACCAAAUAUCUUGACCACUUUUGUUCAAGCCUUUAAAAAGUAUCAAGCAAAGAAUCUUUUAAUUUUAUAUGAUGCCAUUUCAACUUUGGCCAAGGUUGUCGGUAGAGAUUUGAAUAGACCAGAAUAUGUUCAAAUUUUAAUUCCGCCACUUUUGGAAAGAUUCAAUCUUUUGGAAGAUAAUAAUAAGGCAUUAUUACCAUUGCUACAAUGUUUGAAUCCAAUUUGUGCAGCUAUUGGAAUGGGUCUCAAGGACUUGUUAUUGAUUUUCUACAAUAGAGCCAUUAACAUUAUAAAAAAAACAAUUACUGAUCAAAUGCUUUAUGAUCAAUCACCAGAAACUAUAGAUGCACCAGAUAGAGAAUUUUUGGUAACUUCAUUGGAUCUUAUUAGUGGUUUAGCCGGAGGUAUUGGUACCAGUAUCGAAAGUUUGGUAGAACCAAGCAAACUUCCAGAGAUUUUAUUAGAGUGUAUGAAGAGUAGAGAGCCAGAUGUACGUCAAAGUUCAUUUGCCUUGUUGGGUGAUCUCUCGAGGAUCUGUAUUGUUCACUUCCAAAACAAGAUCACAGAGUAUAUCCCAAUCCUCAUGAACAACCUCUUCCCAGACUGCAUUCCAGUAUGUAAUAAUGCCUGUUGGGCCAUCGGAGAGAUUGCCAUCAGAUUGCCACUCAUUGUCAAGCCAUACGUCCCCAACAUCUUGCAAGCUUUGAUCCCAAUCAUGAAAAAUACCAAAAACAACAAAAAUAUCCUCGAAAACACAGCCAUUACAAUUGGAAGAUUGGGUUUGGUUGAUGCAGAAAAGUGUGCAGACAGAAUCGACGAGUACAUUCAAUGCUGGUGCAUGGCCAUGCGUAGCAAGAUGGACGACUCUGAAAAGGACUCUGCUUUCCGUGGCAUGUGGAUGAUCAUUUUAGCCAAUCCAAAUGGUGCUCUCAAAUCAUUGGUUUACAUUUGCGAUGCUAUUGCCUCUUGGGGUGAAAGAAUCGAACCAGAUCUCAACGAUGCAUUCCAAAAAAUACUUCACAUCUUUAAAGAAAACAUCGGUCCCCAUUGGCCACAAUUUUACAGCCAAUUCCCUGACCAAUUGAGAGUCAUUUUGAAUCAACGUUAUCACCUUGAAGAUAAAAAGAAUUAA